GCUGGACAGCGAGGGGAAGGUGGGUGAGGAGGGCUCCUCAGUCCCUGGGGGCAGGCAGGAUCGAGUGGUGACCAGAGAGCCCUAGAUGCGGUCCCUGCACCCAUAGGACAGGUGAGCGCCAGGCCAGGCUGGCCGCUGGGUGGAGCUGCGUGAGCCACCCUCCACGGCGCCCUCGCCACUGCACAGAUUGCAUCUGGGUAUUGGCAGUCACCUAUUCGCCCGCCAAUGAAGUAUAUCCUGGUUACUGGUGGGGUCAUCUCAGGCAUUGGUAAAGGGAUCAUCGCCAGUAGCAUCGGGACCAUUCUCAAGUCAUGUGGACUCCGAGUAACUGCCAUCAAAAUUGACCCCUAUAUUAACAUCGACGCUGGAACUUUCUCACCGUAUGAACAUGGUGAAGUAUUUGUUUUAAAUGAUGGUGGAGAAGUUGAUUUGGACCUUGGAAAUUAUGAAAGAUUCUUGGACAUUAAUCUCUAUAAAGACAACAACAUCACCACUGGGAAGAUAUAUCAGCAUGUGAUCAACAAAGAGAGGCGCGGUGAUUACCUGGGGAAAACUGUUCAAGUUGUCCCCCAUAUUACUGAUGCUAUCCAGGAGUGGGUUAUGAAUCAAGCCAAGGUGUCUGUGGAUGGCAAUAAGGAAGAUCCCCAGAUAUGUGUUAUCGAGCUGGGAGGCACCAUUGGAGACAUUGAAGGAAUGGCAUUUGUGGAAGCUUUCCGACAGUUCCAGUUUAAAGCCAAGAGAGAAAAUUUCUAUAAUAUUCACGUCAGCCUUGUGCCACAGCCCAGUGCUACUGGAGAACAAAAAACCAAGCCCACACAAAACAGUGUCCGUGCGCUGAGGGGGUUGGGCUUGUCUCCAGAUCUGAUCGUCUGCCGUAGUUCAUCACCCAUUGAGAUGGCUGUGAAGGAGAAGAUAUCUAUGUUUUGUCACGUGAACCCUGAACAGGUUAUCUGUAUCCAUGAUGUUCCUUCCAUCUACCGAGUGCCUCUCCUUUUGGAGGAGCAAGGCGUGGUUAAAUAUUUUCAAGAGAGAUUGGGCCUGCCCAUCAAUGAUUGUUCAAGUAAUUUGCUUUUCAAGUGGAAAGCCAUGGCUGACAGGUAUGAGAGAUUGCAGAAAAUAUGUUCCAUAGCCCUGGUUGGUAAAUACACCAAACUCAGGGACUGCUACGCGUCUGUGUUCAAAGCACUGGAACACUCAGCCUUGGCCAUCAACCACAAGUUGAACUUGAUGUACAUAGACUCCAUUGAUCUGGAGCCAGUCACCAAAGCCGAGGAUCCUGUGAGAUUCCAUGAAGCUUGGCAGAAGCUGUGCUUAGCUGAUGGUAUUCUUGUGCCUGGAGGCUUUGGAAUCCGAGGAACGUUGGGAAAGCUUCAGGCAAUUUCAUGGGCAAGGACAAAGAAGAUUCCAUUUCUGGGAAUUUGCCUUGGGAUGCAACUGGCAGUGAUUGAGUUUGCAAGAAACUGCCUGAACUUGAAAGACGCUAAUUCUACAGAAUUUGAGCCAAACACUCCAGUCCCAUUGGUAAUUGACAUGCCUGAACACAACCCUGGCGAUUUGGGAGGAACAAUGAGACUGGGGUUAAGGCGAACUGUUUUCACAACUGAAAACUCCAUACUGAAGAAGCUUUAUGGUGACGUUCCUUACAUAGAAGAAAGACACCGACAUCGGUAUGAGGUGAACCCUAACCUGAUCAACCAAUUUGAGAAUAAAGACCUUUGUUUUGUCGGUGAGGAUGUAGAUGGGAAGAGGAUGGAAAUUGUUGAAUUGACAAGUCAUCCGUAUUUCAUUGGUGUCCAGUUCCAUCCUGAGUUUUCCUCUAGGCCAAUGAAGCCUUCCCCUCCGUACCUGGGGCUCUUACUUGCAGCAACGGGGAAUCUGAAUGCCCAUCUGCAGCAGAUGAACAAGCUUCCAUAUAGUGAUGUAUACAGUGAUGUCAGCGAUGACAGCUUUCCAGAGGCAAAGCUUGCUGAACUGGAUAUCAACUGAAGCUCUUUCUUGCCUCAGGAAUAGCAGAAGCUACCUAAGAGGCCUCUGAAGUAAUUAUACGUAAGAUGAAGGAAUUGUCUGAAGAAACCACCACACUGUUCCCUAGACAUGGGCUGUGAAGAUUCAAAGAGAAUCUGAAAAUGUUUACUUCAUGAAACAGAACCAAAGGGAUCUUUUUUUUUUUCCCUCCAGAGGCAGCCUGUAGUAUUCACACAUUUCUAUACUUAAUUAAACGUAAUUCAGCAGCAA